AUGGUGCAAAUCAACAUGUUUGGCACGGGGCGCUCGCUCCAAGCCGCUAUCUGGGCUGCUUGCGGCAUGGCCUUCAUCCUUUUCGGAUACGACCAAGGCGUCUUCUCCGGCAUCGUCGAGAAUGAGAACUUCCUCGACCACAUGAACCACCCCAAUGACAGUCUCAUGGGAAUCAUCGUCUCGAUCUAUAACCUGGGCUGCUUCAGCGGCUGCGUUGUCAAUUUUCUUCUCGCCGAUAAACUCGGUCGUCGGCGCGCGAUGUGGUUUGCGAUGCUUUGGGUCAUUGUCGGAGCAACCCUCCAGACAUCUGCAUAUAGCGUGCCUCAUAUGAUGGUCGGUCGAUUCGUCGCGGGUAUCGGGACAGGCAUUGAGACGUCGACAGUGCCCAUGUGGCAGGCGGAGCUGUGCGAGGCGUCAAAGCGUGGCAAGCUGGUUUGCAGCGAGCCGUUGCUUGUGGGUGUUGGUAUCGUCAUUAGUUACUUCUUCGAUUACGGCAUGAGCUUCGUCGGCGGCCAGAUCGCUUGGAGACUUCCUAUUGCUUGCCAGAUGCUGUUUGCAUUUGUCGUCAUCAUUCUCGUCUUCGGGGUGCCCGAGUCGCCUCGAUAUUGCUACCAAAGGGGACGGAACGAGCAAGCCUUGCAGAUCCUGAGCGACGUCUAUGGCAGGCCCAAAGAUGACCCCAAGAUCCAGGCCGAGCAGACCGAGAUCCUGGAGGCUUUGGCCAUCGAGACAAAAGAGGGCGAGUACAAGUGGAGGAACAUUCUCAAGCCGGAUGGUGUUUCGACCGGACGCAGAGUGCUCCUUGGCUACGGAAUGCAAUUUAUGAACCAAGUCGGCGGUAUCAACCUCAUCGUCUACUUCAUCCCUACCGUUCUUCGCGAUAACGUCGGCUUGAGUCCGAACCUGUCCAUGAUACUUGGUGGCUGUGUCCAAAUCAUGUUCGUGCUCGGUAGCUUCUUCCCAACCUUUUUUGUCGACAAAGUCGGUCGCCGCGCACCCAUGAUAUGGGGAUCGCUCACGCUCGGAAUCUGCAUGAUGAUGGUCUCGAUCCUUCUCAGCUUCAAGGGCAAGGAGAACGAGCAAGCGACUUCCUCUGCUUCUGUUGCCUUCUUCUUCGUCUACAUGUUCGCCUUCGGCGCGUCGGUCAACUGUAUACCUUGGGUGUAUGUGCCGGAAAUCCUGCCUCUGCAUGCGCGCGCAAAGGGAACGGCGGUUGGCAUCUCGUCGAAUUGGAUCUGGAACUUCUUCGUCGUCAUGAUCACGCCGGUCAUCAUCAACCGUCUGCAGUGGAAGGCAUAUCUCAUCUUCAUGUGCACCAACUUUGCGUUCAUCCCGCUGGUAUACUUCUGCUAUCCCGAGACAGCCAACUUCACCCUCGAGGAGAUCGACUACCUUUUUACCAACAAGGAGAAAGGCGCUGUCAAGCUCUCAAAAGAGUUGCACAAGGAGCGGAAGAAGCUCGGUCAUGUCCGUCGGCUUACUGCCGAGACGGGUGGUGCGCUUGGUACAGGCGUCAAAGGCGACGAGCUUACUGAGAAGUCGCCGACUGACGAGCACGUUGAAAGGGUAUAG